AGGCUCAAAAGGGGAGGGACAGGGGACGCGUUACUCCCCACCCCACGAAGGUAGCUUGUGAGGGAGGCCCUACCCAUCCCCCCCAACGAAAAUAUCCCACUGCCACUGUCCUCAUCCCCCGCCUUCGCUUCAAGCACACUGUGUGUCUGCUCCAUACCACCGCUGCUGCUGCACCAUCUCUCCACCUCUCUAUCUCUCUCACUCUCUCUGCCAUCGUCUCCCUCCUCAGCACUCAGCUUCUCGCCGCCUCUUCGAAUUCUUUGGCCGUGUCCUUUGGACACUGCACGCUGCCACAGCUAGGUGCGUAUCUCCUCCAUCGCGUCGCAGUGAACGCGACAGAUUGGAGUAGAGAGGCGGAGACAAUGGUGCGUGGUGGAAGCAGCGGAGGAGGGCAGAGCUCCCUCGGGUACCUGUUCGGAUCCGAUGCCGGCCCUCCCAAGGCCGUAGCGAAGGCGCCCGCCCCGGAGCCCCAGGCUCCAGUGGAGCAGCGACCGGCCGGGUUGGCGAGGAGCAAUGUCCCAGAGGAGAAGGCCGCGCCCGUGGGUAAAGCGGACGACGCGGGUGACAAGGGCGCUCCCAAGCUGGGCCGGAACUCGAACAACUACCACCGCGCCGACGGGCAGAAUACCGGCAACUUCAUCACUGACCGACCUUCGACCAAGGUUCAUGCUGCUCCCGGUGGAGGGUCAUCUUUGGGUUACCUGUUCGGCGGCAAUUGAGUCCAGGUCGCGCAGUUUGAUGCUGACAUCACCGAUAUUCUAGACCGUGCCUGCACGAUCUGAUGAAGUUCAUCUUGCAGAUGACCAUCACCGCCAGCUCGCAUGGUGUUGUUAGGCUAGAAUUUGCUUGGAUUAACUUGUGCACAGUGUCAGCAUUGUGACAGCGGGGAUGUGGGAGCGUUUGUGUGGAACGCUUUUCAGUUCUCUGGUCAAAAUAAGGCUGGCGUUUGUGUCUUUGUAGCAGAGGAUAGGUUCACGUCAAGAACUUCUGAGCCCUCUCCCCUGCCCCUCGGCUGCAGAGAUAUUGGGAGCUCUUACGAGCUUCCGUUUUGAUUGAUGGUCUGUUCACGCAUUAGUAGUUGGGGUUUCAACCAUUGUCGACAGCUAGUUCAGCAGUAAAAGCUGAUUGUUAUCGUAUGAAUUGCGAGUCUGUGAAGCGGUUCUAGCAGUUCUGCUCUCCCUCAGGAGCAAGGUCAUCGUGUGCUCCAUUGCAUCGAGCAGGCUUGAUGAUUCUUCUGUGUACUCGGUGGUUCCGUUACGAUUCUUCUCCAGGAGAAGCGUAGCAGGACUUUGCCCAUUUUAUUCUCACGGCUAUGACCGCAUUUACAUAC